AUGGCCGCGUCCACCAUGUCCGUCUGCUCCAGCGCUUGCUCCGACUCCUGGCAGGUGGAUGACUGCGCAGAGAGCUGCUGCGAGCCCCCCUGCUGUGCCCCCAGCUGCUGCGCCCCGGCCCCCUGCCUGACCCUGGUCUGCACCCCAGUGAGCUGCGUGUCCAGCCCCUGCUGCCAGGCGGCCUGUGAGCCCAGCCCCUGCCAAUCAGGCUGCACCAGCUCCUGCACGCCCUCGUGCUGCCAGCAGUCCAGCUGUCAGCCGGCUUGCUGCACCUCCUCCCCCUGCCAGCAAUCCUGUUGUGUGCCUGUCUGCUGCAAGCCUGUGUGCUGUCCUGUCUGCUCCAAGUCCGUCUGCUGUGUGCCUGUCUGCUCUGGGGCUUCCACUUCAUGCUGCCAGCAGUCUAGCUGCCAGCCGGCUUGCUGUACCUCUUCCCCGUGCCAGCAGUCCUGCUGUGUGCCUGUCUGCUGUGUGCCUGUCUGCUGCAAGCCUGUCUGCUGUGUGCCCACCUGUUCUGGGGAUUUCUCUUCAUGCUGCCAGCAGUCUAGCUGCCAGUCAGCUUGCUGUCCCUCCUCCCCAUGUCAACAGUCCUCCUGUGUGCCUGUCUGCGGCAAGUCUGUCUGCUGCAAGUCCGUCUGCUGUGUGCCCGUCUGCUCUGGGGCUUCCACUUCAUGCUGCCAGCAGUCUCGCUGCCAACCGGCUUGCUGCACCACCUCCUGCUGCAGACCCUCCUCCUCUGUGUCGCUCCUCUGCCGCCCUGUAUGCAGGUCCACCUGCUGCGUGCCCGUCUCCUCCUGCUGCGCCCCCGCCUCCUCCUGCCAGACCAGCUGCUGCCGCCCGGCCUCCUGCGUGUCCCUCCUCUGCCGCCCCGUGUGCUCCCGCCCGGCCUGCUGA